AUGGACAAGAACCUCAACGACCUCCUCAAAUGGAGCAUUGAGAACGGCUCAGCAAGCCAAAACGGCGAGGCAGCCCCUGCAGCCGCCCCUGCUAGCAACCUCAACCCCGAAGCCAUCGCCGCCCUCUUCGGCAGCGGUCCCAGCGACGCCGAGUUGAUGAAGCUCUCCAUGGAGGCCAUCACUUCGGCGGACCCGGAGAUAACGCUCGAGAACAAGCUCAUCGCCUUUGACAACUUUGAGCAGCUCAUCGAGAACCUCGACAACGCUAACAACAUCGCCAAGCUGUCCCUCUGGACCCCGCUGCUCGGCUGUCUCGACCACGAGGAGGACGAGAUACGCCGCAUGGCCGCCUGGUGCGUCGGCACCGCCGUGCAGAACAACCAGCCCAGCCAGGAGCGCCUGUUGGCCGUUGGCGGCAUCCCGCCGCUACUGACGCUGGCGAUCAAGGACGGCGAGAAGGAGGCCGUGCGAAGGAAGGCCAUCUACGCCCUCAGCUCCGCUGUACGGAACUAUCAGCCCGCCAUGAACGUCCUCACGGACGAGCUGGAGAAGAAGGGCAUUCGCUCCGGCAAGGUCGAUGCCGAGAACAUGGACAACGUUGAUGAGGUCAUGAACGAACUCAAGGCAAAGAUCACGACGGCAUGA